CACCCCCAAAAGAGAUUUAGAGGAGGCACAUCAUAUCCGCAGAAGAACGGUAGUAUGGGAGGAGUAAAUCGCCGCCGUAGGAAGACUGAGAGAAAGACAAAGUUCGUGGGGUCUUUUGCUUCCAUCUUACGCCGAUAUAAGGACGCCGGUUUGAAUCAGGCCUGGAUGGAUUCUUGCGAUCAGGACUGGCUUCAGUCUAUGCUGAACAGGCCAGAGCCGAAGUUGACUGUUAUUUGUUAUCCUAGAAAGAAAAAGACUACCACUGCCAUGGCUCCGUCGACAUCAACGUCGUUGGCCUCUCAGCAGUCGCUGGAAGCUUGUUCUACCCGUAUGGAAACACUUGACUUGAAGGAGGGAUCUGAUCAGUAUCAUACCACUCGUGGCUCUGAUAUAUUUGAUACUCAGCAGGAGAAGUUAUCGUCUGAUAUUGCUACCACCUCAACCUCCAUGCCUCAGUCCCCAUCGUCAUAAGAUAAAGGGUGUCCAUUUAUUUCUCUCUAAUGUGUG